AUGCCUCUUUGCCCUUACUGCGAGUCGGCCUGGCCAUCUACAUCAAGCUUGAACCGACACCAGUCGCGACAUGCUUCCUGCCGUACAAAAAAACUCCAGCACCUGAAUACCUUGUAUCAUCCGCACUACUCCAGUAACGCAGCAGAACUUCCAGAACCACCUGUUGAAUUUCAAGUUACAGGUUCAAGUCAGACAGGUGGCAUAUCAUCACCAUUACUGCAAAACGAGAACACACCUUCACCACAGUACGAAUUGGACCCUCAUGAAGAACAACAAACACGGUGCGGUAUCACUAUUGAAGACGUUACCGAAGAAAGCAUCUGGACAGAGAAUUUUCCGCCUGAGAAAGGUGCUGGCAGAGCCUACUACAAGGCUUGUACUUCGUUCGAGAACAUUCGCGACGAACAGAAUUCUCGCAGUGAUGAUGUUUAUGGUGCAUUCACAUCUGAAGAGGAGUGGGAUUUGGCCAAGUGGUUGGUUCAAAAUGUAGGGCACAAUGCAAUUGAAACCUUCCUGAAAUUACCUAUAAUCAAAACUCGUGUUGACCCCGAAUACUCAACAAAGGAUAAGCUCCUCGACAAGGUUGAUGCCCUUCCCGGCGGAGUCAAAUGGACCUGUAAACCAAUCAUUGUCGAAGGCGAUCGAGUAAAUGAGGAUGGGGAAAAGCUCACUGAAGAGCUUGAGCUUUGGAUGCGUGACCCCGUUGAAUGUGUCAGAGAGCUUAUAGGCAAUCCCGUCUUUCACGAUGUGAUCAGAUACGCUCCUGAGAAGCAGUAUGUGGACCCGCAAAAACUAAACGAGCGUAUCGGCGAAAUGUGGACAGCGGAAUGGUGGUGGGAAUUACAGAAGGUUCUUCCUGCAGGUGCAAUGAUUGCACCUGUCAUUCUUUUGUCUGACAAAACCAAACUCUCUCAGUUUCGUGGGGACAAGAGCGCAUGGCCAGUUUAUUUGACUAUCGGGAAUAUUGCAAAAGAUGUUCGCCGUUGUGCCAACUCUCAUGCAACAAUUCUCAUCGGCUACCUCCCUGUUGGAAAAUAUGAAUGCUUUUUGGACAAGACACGAUCAGUAGCCCAAUAUCGGACCUUUCACAGGUGUAUGUCCUAUCUGACAGCAUCCCUAGUUAACGCUGGACAAAACGGGGUAGAAAUUACAUGUGCGGAUGGCCUUACACGAUGGGUAUUCCCUAUCCUCGCUGCCUAUGUAGCCGACUAUCCGGAACAGUGUCUUGUUGCUUGCUGCAUGGAGAACCACUGUCCAAUCUGCAAAGUUGACCCGAAACAGAGAGGCGACCACCAGCCUACAAGUUUGGAGUUGCGCAACCCUAGGGAAUCAAUCCGGCUGCUGAAGGAAUAUGAGGCAAAAAUAUACAAUCAGGAUUUUAUCAAUGAUGGUCUACGCCCAAUCCACGAACCUUUCUGGGCCAACCUCCCCUACACAAAUGUCUUUCAAGCGUUUACUCCCGACCUCCUUCACCAGCUACAUAAAGGAGUGUUCAAGGACCACGCCGUCAAAUGGUGCACCCAGGUUAUUGGAGAAGCGGAGCUUGAUGAUUGUUUCAAGUCUCUCCCUUCAUACCCAAACCUUCGCCACUUCAAAAAUGGGAUUUCGUUCGUUUCACAGUGGACCGGGGCGGAAUUCAAAGCAAUGGAGAAGGUGUUUGUCAGCUUGCUGGCAGGAGGAGUUGAGGACCGUGUCCUGGUUUGUGUCCGUGCUGCAAUAGACUUCAUAUUCUAUUCAUCCCUCACAUCGCAUACAACGGAAACACUUACCUCGCUCCAAAAUGCUUUGACUACAUUCCACCAAUACAAGGACAUUUUCCUUGAACUGAACGCUCGUCAAUCCACCCACUUCAACAUCCCGAAAAUCCAUUCAAUGCAGCACUACGUUGCCCUCGUACGACAUUUCGGAAGUGCUGACGGUUUCAACACUGAAUCACCGGAACGCCUUCACAUCAACUAUGCGAAGAACGCUUAUCGAGCAUCCAACAAGAAGGAUUACACCAUACAGAUGACACGCUGGCUUCAGCGACAGGAGGCAGUUGACAGAUUCUCGUUAUUCUUGGACUGGAUGAAGCGGGGGAUGUUCAAGUCGGAUGGAAGGAGAGAGCCAGUGACAGCGGGAGUGAUUCCUCCCGCUGUCGUGACCAACGAUACAAACCCACACAGCCCCAGUACACCGAAACCGAAUACCGUUACGACACGGCGCCGUUCUUCCUUGAAGCUCUACGUUCUUUUCUUCAGUCCCAUGGUUCUCAAGUACUUCCUCGAACCCACGACUCCUUCAAUCUCUAUCACCCUUCCCAAAAUCUCGAUGGCAUCGCAGUCGCCAGAUGCACUCAAGAAUGUUAUUCGAGCAAUGCCCCCAACUCCAGCUCACAGCCGUGUAAAGGCAAGUAUGGGUUAUCUCAACUUUGCGCUGAUUAGUACAAGUGAAUGGAAUGGUAAGACGGAGGGGACUACACUUGAAGGUCUGCAAGCUGCACGAGUACGAGUUCUCUUCCAGUUACCUGCAGUCUACCGCCUCAAGAUGUUACGUCCACUUGCAUAUAUCGAAUGGUUAACACCAGUUGGCACCCCUGACCCCAUUACCGGCCUCAUGAUACUGAAACCUUCCACCCGGAAUCACCAUGUUCACGGAGAAAUCAUGUAA